GUAAAUAUUGGGAGGUCAGCGUAUUAAGAAACCAUCGUGCAUCUUUCAUGUCCAAACUUGGACCCGUCGUCGUCGGUCGGUCGGUCGUUCUAUUGAUUCCUGGUAUGAUUUGCGUCGUCGGAGGACGACAAAAAAACGUAAUCGGUACAACCGCCAGACAGGACCCGAACAAGUACCGUUAUAGUAGGUACUAGCGCAGCCCUUACAACAAACCGCAAAAUGGCCGCCCCGGGCGAGGUGGCCCGGCAGCUCGGGCUGUCCACUAACCCGGAAAAGGAGCGCGGGCAGUUUGAUUACCAGGAGGGGUAUGCACGGGGGGAAAUAUGACAGUGCACAAUGCUCCCUCCCCCGCAUUUGUCAUGCAAAAUACCCAAUCUACCCUUUGCCUCUUGGCACUGUCUGCAUGACAAGUUCUGGCAUCCCCAAUUGCACUACGCUGCAGUGCAACUUUAUCAUGCAAAACCGGCAUUCUUGCUGAUGCUUGUAAUUGCCGUUCAUCCAAUACAAAUGACGGGGAGGGGGAGUUGUGCACUGUCAUAGGAAACCUGUUUCGACUACGUCGAGAAGAUGGGCAUCGACCCGAAAACGAAAGAACCCACCCCGGUACGGAAGUACUGCUGCUUAUCCUGAGUAAAAACGUCCCCCCCCCCCAUAUUCAAGAUGGGAAAUCUGCUAGACAAAUCUACACACCUAGGGUGUUGCGCAUGACAAGUUCGACCUCGUACUGUCAUCCUGUUUACCUCGUUCAGACGCAUCACAAAUCGCACCCACCAUGCUGAUCGGGGCAUUACAAUUCGAAAACACGACGAGAAAAUGCCUGUCAUGGGGAUCCGCAUGAGAAGCAUUUUGAGCAUGCGUUUUUGCAUGACAACUCUGGGAUGGGAACGUUUUUGCUCAGAAUACUGCUGCUGCUUUGACGCGCGGGAGGGCAACGCGUGCUGUUUGUACAACAUCAUUUUCUCCCCCAUCGUGCUGUGCUACCACGCUAUCCGGAUCUACUGCUGCAGUUGCCUCGGGAUCCACUUGAAGCGUUCCUUCCACCGGUUCUGCUGCUUCUGCUGCCAUGCCUGCGAUUGGACCUGCCGCUGCUUCGGGAUCAUCUGGACCUGCUGUGCCUGGAGUUACGUCGACCAUAAAUUUCCGCCCUGUCCGAGUUCGCUUGGGAAUGUGGGAGGCGACAGUGCUGCACAGUAUCCAUCGUAAAACUUCUAUCGUACCUAUAGUAGAAAUUGCAUUACUACAAGUUUUCUUGGCAUAAGAAAUGGAGGACUUUGUUAUGCUGAUUAGCGUACACAGAUAGAUCUGUCAUGCAAUAUUGCAAUUGCUGCAUAGCAUAGUGUACGUUACUUUUGCACCUGACACACUGGGCCAGGCGGCGACGAUACACGAGAAGGUGGUGUGGCUCCGAGCGGGGGAGUUUGGGGUAUAGAAGAAUUUGUCAUGCAGAGCGAGCUUUUGUCAUGCAGGAGUGACAAGUCACAUUGGUUUGUCAUGCAUAGAACCACUUAAAACAAAAUUUUCCACAGAAAUCCAAAGUCGCUGGCGGUGGUGGCAAGUCAGAGAAACCGAAACGACCGUCGAUGACCAAGCGGCUCUACCAAUCGCUGAUCCAGGGGAAACUCACGGACUCGAACAUGCAACUGUACCAAGACGGCAUCUCCGCCACGGACAUUCUGCAAGGCCAGAUCGGCGACUGCUGGCUGAUGGCCGCGAUGGCCUGCAUGGCGGAGCGCCCCGGGGCCAUUGACAAUUUGUUUCUGACCAAAGAGUUGGACCCGCGGGGUAAUUAUGCACUGCAAAACUAUCGUACUAUAGUAUGAAUCGCAUGACAAAUUUCCUCAGCAUGAGAAACAAAAUUUGCAAUGCGGAUUUAACUUGAGACAGAAAUUUGUAAUGCAUAAAUGCAAUUAGUACGAGUGCGAUGCUUUUGCAAUGCAUAAUAAGUACAAAAUCCAACUGUUCGACGGAACCGCGGAUGGCUGUCGCGGGCAGUGUAUGGCGCAAGAUAGAAAAGUAUCGUACUGUGGUAGGAGUUAUCGCAUUACAAAUUUAUUUCUCAGCAUGACUACAAAUGGAAUCUCUCAUUCUAAAUUACCGUAUAGAAAAUGGGUUUGUCAUGCAAUAUCGCACUUACUACGCACUUACUACGCACUUACUACUGGUCUAUGGUUUGACAACUGUGGUCCGUGCACUUGCUCUGUUCGCCCGUGCCGCAGGUAAGGCACAAACGGUCCAGCCUCCCCAGUCUGGGCGGGGCUGCGGCUUAGGGGAGAGUCUCGCCCCUUAACCCAAAGGGGUGCGUCGUCUCUUCCGUGAGAACAAAAACGUAUGGCGUAAAAUGGGUCGGGUCCUGGAUCGUUCUGUAUGUUGGGCUGUCGCGCUCGGCUAGCUGGCCGGGCUGUACUGAUCAGGUGUGGUGGGUAGCUCCCGACUGGUUGGCACUUUUCUUGGGGCGACUUGCCGUGGUAGCGCUCGGCUUUUGUAUGAUGAGGUUGCCGAAAGCGCUUCCUCGCCCACCCCCCGGGGAGGGGAUCCUUGACCUGUGGCGCUGGGAGAGGGUGUCCACUACAUGAUGAUGAUACAACUUUUCUAGAGGAUUAAAUGGCGCGUGUUUACCAUCGACGACUACAUUCCGUGCGAUCGGGACGCGUGGGAGCGAUCUGGGUAUCCUGUGCAAAAGUAGUAUCGUACUCGUAUUCAGCCAUGCAUUACAAAUCUUUCUCUUAAGGUAAAUCCGCAUAACAAAUUUUAUUUCUCAUGCUGAGGAAAUUUGUAAUGCAAUUUAUACGAGUGCGAUACUUUUGCGCUGCAUACUGGGGUGGCGAAGCCGAAAUUUGCGCAGCCGAACGGAGUAUCCACUGAGAGACGAGUAUCGCACUCGUGGUACUACCGCAUGACAAAUGUGCUUACUAAGCCGAAAUCAGCAUUACAACAAAUUCGAAUUCUAUUUGUCAUACUGCGAAAAUUUGUAAUGCGACUCCUACUACUAGUGCGAUAUGCAUAUGUUUGCAAUGCAUACGGGGAGGAAUUGUGGGUGCUGCUGCUGGAGAAGGCGUUUGCAAAACUAUGCACUAUAAAUUCAUUCCCGUGCACAGUGUACGAAAUGCAUCACAAAUCUAAUCUCCUCGAGCAGGCAAAGCAUGCAAGUUGUCAUGCUGAAUAGGGUUGCAGCACAACUAUUGUUAUGGAGGAACUGCAUUUGUACAUCGUGGACGGCAAUAAAUUUGUUUUGGAUAGAAACUGUGCGGAUCCUACCAGAACCUGGAGGGGGGAAGCACGAUUUGGGCACUGCGGGCGAUGACGGGGGACCACUGCCGGUGGUAUUCCAAGGAGAAGUCGGGCGGCACCAGGUGGAAGAGGUGGGGUACGAAAGUGCAGCUGUUGCAAGAAUCCUCACCGCGCACGGUUCUAGCUGUCUCCCUCCGUAGCUGCUCACUCAGAUUCGACUUCGAUUCUUGCAGAAAAGUAGCAAGCUGCAGCUUGCAUAUGAAGAAUUUGCAGUCGUAGCUCCUCUUCCACUAUGUCCUAGCACUGGGCACCAUUGGUAUUGGUUCGCUUGCACGUGGUCGGGCUAAACAUGCACUUCCUGAGAAGUCCCCGCGAUUCGGAAUGGCGCCUAACCCUCCCAGCCCUUCCUUGCAACUGCCCGCGCAACUGCCUAUUUGAUGCGUCGCAGGCGCGCUUACGAGAAUGCAAGACCUUGCUACGCUGCAGUCUGCCGCUUCGCCCCCGCGCCGCGUCCCCGCCGCCCGUUGAAGAGAUAUAGUAUUUACACGCGCGCCCCUACCAGCUUCACAUGACGCGCUAGAUAGAUAGCCCGGCGCAGUGGCAGUGAAGGUCCAGCACAUACGGUGCGACGUUUUUGAUUGUGCUCCGUUUGUGGUCCCGAGACACGACAACUACAACUGUGGGUGAUGUUGAUAACUUUGUCACGCCUCCAUACCAAACUUCGUGAAUCAAGAAGAUCCGUCGAAGCACCCAGUGUGCCGACACUGCCUGCGACCGGUGGCCAGGUAUAAAUAAUCGAAAACCAACUCCAACAUAGUACUUACGUACGAGCAGGAACAGCAUCAACGUAAACGUUCGCUUUUCAUGAAAAUGCUGAUGCUGAUCAUGGUUGAUGUGCAUGUCAAAACCACUUCCUCGUCGUAGCUCUGCAACACAACUUGUUGUUCUUUCAGGGACAAGCGCAACGGGUCCCUGCAGGGCACGGACGAAACGCUUUCGGUGGACGAGAUGUGGGACACUUUGUUUCGCUACAACCGCUAUCCUCGGCAAAAGUGACAAUGCAAGGAUUUGCAUGACAGAUCCUCUUUGUUUUUCCUUAUCCUACUUUUCGUCGUGAGAAAUAGUUUUGUGAUGCAUGUUUCACAUCGCAAUCGUUUCUUUUGCCUUGCAUAAUCGGCGGGGGUCGGUGCUCUGUGCCUCUGGCGUAUCAAAUGCAAAAAUGUCUGGGUCUGGAAACUUGUAAUGCUAAAGUGUGACUGGUGGGCGCACUCCAAUACGCAGCCAAGCAUGACAAAUUUUUGAGCUGCUCUUGUGUUUCGUUUUCCGCAUGGCAAACUGCGUUUCUGCAUGACAGACAAGAGGUCCUUUUCCUGCUCCUGCAUCACAGAUUUAUGAGUCAUGCCAGACAAGCAUGACAAACUUGCAUUCUUCCAGACCCAGACACUUUUGCAAUCCAUAUGGCGCGCAGCGGAUGGACGGAUUAGUUUCCGGGCACGCGUACUCCAUCCUCGACGCGCAAGAGCUAUGCAAUACAAAUUUUUCGUCCCCGUGCACGACGUACAAAAUGCAUCACAAAUUGCAAUUGGGCAUCAACCUUUGUUGAGAAUUCAUCGACUUGUCGUGCUGAACAGGAUGGAUUACAGAAAAGUUUUGUCAUGCAGAAACUGCAUUUGUACAACGUGUCCGGCAAAUUAUUUGCUGUGGAUAAGAAUUCAAGGAAUCCUCCAGGACGGGCCCGUGUCAUUUGAAGCUCUACCCCCAGCAAAAAGUGUCACAGUUACACAUAGUGUUGCAGGACCAGCAAGGCAGACAAGUCCUGUCAUGCGGGACAUGCUUAGUAGAUGCCUCGUUUCAUAUGUGUUUUAUUCGCUUGUAAUCUUUGCAACAUUGCAAGUUUUCUACUCUGCCAUGCCGAGCAAGUUUGUGUUGCUGAAGUUCCAACAAACGUGUACCUACUGUAGCCCUUUUUUCUAAGGAUAGGCUCGUGCGAAUCCGGAAUCCGUGGGGCGGGGGUGAGUGGAAAGGUGACUGGGGCGACAACUCGGCGAAAUGGGAAGAGUUUCCAGCGGUACUAUACUUAGCAGGUCGGCUUUGUCUGUCAUGCAGAACGUGCAUAAUGAUAAUCAUGUUUUACAUAUCCCAGUCGCACAGAAACUCGAAAAAGCUUGUCAUGCACGAGCUGCAAGCAAGUCAGCGUUUGUGAUGCGUGGAUGUCGAUGUGGAAAUCACAAUACAGGUCAAGGCGAAGAUCCAUGUGGCGAAGGAUGAUGGCUCUUUCUGGAUGUGCUGGGACGACUACUGUGACUACUGGGACCGGCUGGGUAUCGCGGAUCGGACCCGCAACAUCCACUCCCUGCACCUGGAGUACAACCAAACCUACAAGCUGACCGGCCCAACCCUAUUCUAAGCAAAAACGUCCCCACCCCAUAGUCAACAAGUUGGUAAAUCUGCAAGACAGAUGCAGAAGUUUCGGGAGUCGCGCAUGACAAGUUUCCCUCUGUAUUGUAGGGUAGUUGAGCAAGGACAGGCCCAUCACAAACCCAUAGCUUCAUCCCGUUUACAGCAUUACAAAUUUCAAAACACACGACCGGGAAAUGCCUCUCACGGGCCUGUGCAUGACAAAUGUUCCUGUGAUUGCAAAUCUGCAUGACAGCUCUGGGCGGCUGGGGACGUUUUUACGCAGGAUACACCCGGGGACUGUUUUACGGGUGCUACGAGUACUGGUGCUGUUUGUUGGGCUGCAGGAGGUUGUAUCAAAUGCAAAAAUGUCUGGGUCUGGAAGAAUGCAUGUUUGUCAUGCUUGUCUGGCAUGACUCUUAAAUCUGUCAUGCACGUUACCCAAGAGCUCCACUUUUCUGCGAUGCAGAAACGCAGUUUGUCAUGCAGCAUGGGCAACACCUAGAAACUCAGAAACUUGUCAUGCUGAGGUAGCAUUUGUGGGCUCAUCAUGAAACGCUACCCAGCAUCACAAGUUUCCAGACCCAGACACUUUUACAUUUGAUAGGUUGUACUGCCCGAAACAGUCAUCAAAGGAGAACGUGUAUGAACUGCAAAAGCAUCGUACUAGUAUAAACUGCAUUACAAAUUAGCCCAGCACUACAAAUUUGAUUUGUAAUGCUGAUUCACCUUGAGAAAGAGAUUUGUAAUGCAUAAAUGCAAUAACAUACUUUUGCAGUGGAUAGCGUCGCGUUUGACGGUAAGCACCACCCCAACUGCUGCGGCUGCACGCGGAGCAGCAUCGCGGAUCGGAUUUAG